AAUGGCGACGACCAGUGCAGCUUUUUCGGGUCUAGUCGAUAAAGUUGCAUUUAUGAACAAGCUGCCGAGUUUACACAAAGCUACAUCAGAUGAUGAAACACCAACACCAGGAUACAUGUACCAGGAAAUCAACAAUAUUUCAUUUGAAUCUUCUGGUUAUUGUCAGUGUUUAUUAGACUUUCUAGUUGACAGGUUACAAAAGAGAUCAUACCAUGUCAAAUUCAAGGUGUUACGAAUUAUGAAAUACUUGGUUGUCAAUGGAAAUGUUGAAUUCAGCCAGGGUUUACGGAGAUCUUCAAAAGGCAUUAAAGAAGCUAUGAGUUUUUCAGGACAAUCAGAUCCAUUACAUGGACAGGCACCAUAUCUUGCAGUUAGAAAAGCUGCUGUGGAGCUAUCAGAAAUUCUUUUUGAUACUGAGAGUAAAUUUGCUAAACAAAGUGUUUCAUCUGUGAAAGUUGAUACUGGCAUUGGCUCUGUUUCAUCAAGCGGCAAAAUGGAAGGUUUUGGAAACACUGUAAAUGUUCCACAAAAAUCCAUUCUGGAAAACCUCAGAGACUUUGCUGAGAAUAUAAUGGACCCCUAUGCACUGAUGAAAUCCUCACCCCAAGAAAGGGAACGUAACCCUAAAGAGUACAGGCCACUGGUGGAUGAUGGAAGUAGUGCUACAUCUGCAGCACCAAGAUACGCUAGUAGAAGGACGGACGAAUACAAGGCUAUUGAUGCAACAGUUAGCUCAGUGCCAGGCAACCCAGAUGUGUCAAGAGUUCAACUUGGAGUCAGUAAAUCGAAUUACAACCCGGGUAAACCUGGGGGUGGAUGGGAUAAUGGCAGAGAUAUGAACAACUCAGCGGUGUCAAAUGGCAGCGAUCCAAAAAGUAAAGACAGUACAGACCUGACAGAGAAAUUGGAGUCGGUGUCUGUUACUGAUUCGUCACAAGAGAUGAGAUUGGUUGAAGACAUUACAGCACCAGGGGGUGUCAAACCUAUUCCAUCAAGGGAGACUAUGACACAGUUCACAAAAAGAUGUGCAACUUUGAACUGUGAUCAAAUUGUAGAAUUUUUAAACAACAAAUUAGCUUCUGAAUCAAGUCAAGUUCAAUUGAAAUCUCUCUUUUUUUUGGAAGCCAUGUUAAAAUCAGAUCUAGUCAGCUCAGAGUAUAUGUUAAUCGUCGUCAAGGAGAACCUUGAACACCUAUGUCAAGCAUCGCAAGGCUCAACACAAACCAAAUCUAAAAAGAUUCUACUACAGCUGGAAAGCAUGCAGAAAACUUCCCCCACAAUAGACCAUCAACAACAAAACAAUGAAAUUCUUUUGACAGACCUUUCAAACUCACAAUAUGAAAAUGUUGAAAGUAGGACCUUUUCUGGUGAUCUUUUGGUGAGCCCAGAAAACCACUGUGUGUCGCUGGAUACUGCCACCAGUGUUGAUAAGACUCAAGCACAGACAUCCUCAUCGUUAUUCAGUGGCAUGAAUCUACCAAGUGCCAGGAAAGUACAAACUGAAGUUGCACGAAAACAAACUGAAGUACAAAAAGUAACUGAACCUGAAAACAGUGAAGUGUUGCUUCUUGAUUCACUUGACACUAACUCCCAAAUAAAUCAAAAUAAAAUACAAGAAUCUGAUAUAUUUACAAGUUUGAGUACAACUGAUUUACAAACAGGUAACAUUCUGAACCAACAGAGCUCAGACAUAAAUGACUUUUCUACGUGCAGUACAGGUGACCAGCCAACAGCCCCUAUGAUGUCUGCUUUCAAUGAUUCUUCUUCUGUGUGUAUUACAAAUGAACAACCAGUAGCCAAUAAGAUGCAUGAUCCACUGAUGUCUAGGACUGCUAAUAUGAAUGACUUAUUGUCUUCUCUGGGAAUGUCAUCAGCAGAGAAAGUCGAUGUGAAAUCCCAGCCUUCACUAGUCACUACACAUAAUAUCAACACUGGGUCAAUAACCGGUCAAACUCCUCAACACACAAUAGCUGCAUUUCCUCAGUUGUCAUCUGCUCAUCUCAGCGGAAAGUCAACAAUACCUCUGAAAUUUGGACAAAAACAGAGCAACACAUUUGGAUUUAUAGCGAGCAACGAUGACAAAUGUAACAAGCCAGACUCUUUUGAUUUUGUACAGGAUGCAAUGAAGGCAACAAAGAAAUGAUUGUUCAUUACAUUUAUGCUGACUUGUUGUACUAGUGAGCUACUGCCUAAAGAACAUUCUAACUUGUGUAUUGAAAUGUGGAUGCCAUUUCAUGUAGUGCCUUAUCCAGACAAAUAUAUGGUUCAUCUUAUUUUAGUUGUCUAUAAGCUAUCACACUCGUGUUCUGCCGUGAAAACAUUUCCUAUAAAUUGGAACAUAUACAUGUAUGCAUAUUUAUUAUGACAGCAGCAGAUAACAGCACUGGUAUUUUAUCUUCAGGUGCUAACCAGUGACUGCACACACAACAUAACCAAAUGUA